GGCACAAUAUACAAGCGGUUUAAGUGCAGCCUGAUCAGAUAGUCUCAGUGCAGUUCUCAAUGUUAAUGACGGCGCGCCUUUUUUGUUUGGAACUGGAAGUUGAAAAUCACAUGAUGCGUUAUGUCACACUUAGGGCUAAAACCUCAAUACACAAAACAUCUUAUUUCCAUCUGCAGCUAGACUAAUAAAUAAUGCCAGAGACCCCCAUUUACACUGCCCCCCCCCACUUCCACAAAGUACAGAUUGGUCAUCCCUGCAGUCAAAGGUACUGUACACCUGAACACCAAUCAUAUGCUUUUGCACAGGCCCAUCCCACUACGUUAUAUUUAUUUAAUGGUGAACAUAGUCUUGACUAUUUGAUUGGACACUUUUACUUCUUUUCUUUUUUAUUAUUGUUAUUUACUCGCAAUAACACAAGAUCAAAUUACGUGUAUGUGUAAACUUACUUGGCAAUAAAUUUGAUUCUGAUUCUGAUCAAUCACCUCUUGACCUUGAUACAACCUUUGGAGUUUGGCCACGCCCAAUUUUCCUAGCUGAAACUGUGAUGUGAUGUCUUUCCUCAUCCAGUACUAUUUAUUAAUAUUAUUAUUAAUUAGUGGUUUGUUAUUAAUUUUAAAAUAGGAUAAAACCGUUUUGUUUUGUUUUGUUUGCCUCGUUCCUGGCGCGCUUGCUGGAAGCUCCGCCUUACUCCUCAAACCAACCAAUGAGAAAGCCCCAACUGACAGCAACACGGAAGUACAGCAGGAAACCCAAACUGGCGGCGGUGCGACUCUCUGAAUGGACAGAGUCGGACUUUUGGCCACGGAGCGGUACGGCAGCGGAGAGUCCUGGAGGUAUUUGACAGACGACGGAGUGAUGAAGAGAGACAGAACCGGAUCUGGAUCCUCACGGAACUCCGUCAUCGGGGCUUUCAAAAGCGUGUUUCUGCCUCAGGGAUACCCGGAGAGCGUCAGCGGGGAUUACCUUCAGUACCAGCUCUGGGACACUGUGCAGGCCUUUUCCAGCGCUCUGUCAGGAACUUUGGCCACUCAGGCGUCUCUCAGAGGUGUUGGCGUCGGAAACCAGCAGGCGACCGUCGCUGCUGCCACAGUCACCUGGAUAUUGAAAGAUGGAACUGGCAUGUUGGGUAGAAUCCUCUUCGCCUGGCAGAAAGGGAGUAAAUUGGACUCAGAGGCCAAAAAAUGGAGGUUGUUUGCUGAUGUUCUAAAUGACGUGGCCAUGUUCAUGGAAAUCUUGGCUCCGUAUUUUCCCACAUCUUUCACUUUGAUUGUUUGCACUGCAGGAAUCUUCAAGUCUAUUGUUGGUGUGGCAGGUGGGGCGACGAGAGCUGCUCUGACCGUUCAUCAGGCUCGCCGAGACAACAUGGCCGACAUCUCCGCCAAAGACGGCAGUCAGGAGACUCUGGUGAAUUUGGCUGGACUGCUGGUCAGUUUGAUGCUUGUUCCCCUCAUCGUUAACAACCCAGUGCUGAUUUUCACGCUCUUCUUCCUUUUCACCAUCCUCCACCUGUUUGCUAACUACAAAGCAGUGCGUUCAGUUGUCAUGGAAACAUUCAACGAGGUACGCCUGUCAAUAGUUCUCCAGCAGUACCUGAUGGACAGACGGGUACUCAGUCCCAUAGAGGCCAAUCAGAGAGAACCUGUUUUUUUAGAGUUUGGGAAAACUGUGUCUGUCAAACUGGGAGUGAAGCUGCAGGAUCUGAUACAAAGCCCAGAAGAUCUUAAUUUGAGUUUAAAGAAAAACCACACUCCGUACCUCAUUGGAGUGAAAAACGACCGUGUGUGUGUGUGUUUUGGACCAGACAUGUCGGCACGUGAUGAAAUCAGAGCGGCGUGUCAGGCCGUGUGGCUCCAAGUGAAGCUGAGCGAUCCUCAAACACGAAAACAACAGACUGACUGGGAAAUGGUGCACAAGAGUCAUGAGUUGAUGGAUUCAAUUUUUGACCCAUUUAUCCAGGGGGUGGAAGCAGUAGGAUGGAUCACGACUCGAACCCUGCUGGACUGCGAUGAGUGGAGAGUUGAGUGGAAAAGAAAAACCAACUGACAUGAGACGCAUCCAGUCCAUUUAAAAAAAAAAAACAAAAAACAGUGAUUGUCACACUGUUUAAUAUUUUAAUUAUCUGUUAAUGCAGAUAAGUUAUAGUUUCAACCAUGAAGAUGAUAGCACUGUUUUGAACGUGUUAUGCUGUUUUUUUUUUUUUUUAAAGUAAUUGUUGGAGUUAUACAUCUUGUAGAAAAUUGUUCACGGUUUGUACAUUUCUUCCAGCUGUUAUGGAAACAUAUGUGCAUUCAAAUGAUAAAACUGUAAUUUUGGGAACAUACUGAGCAGUUUAUGUGUCAUAAAGUGCCUUAUGGUGUUUUUGUGAGGUCAGACAUUACCUUUGUGGUAUGUCUUGGGGCCGCUUAUGUUGUGAUUCACAUAUUUUUCUUUGAAAACAGUCCAAUAAAGGAGAAGUUGUAGGAGA